GUGACCUUUGAGGAUGUGGCCAUUUACUUCUCCGAGGAAGAGUGGGGUCUCCUGGAUGAGGCUCAGAGGCUCCUGUACCUUGGUGUGAUGCUGGAGAACUUUGCACUUGUAACUUCACUGGUCUGCUGCACACCGUGAUCCUUGCUUUUUGACACAACCGAUCAGAUGUUUUCUUCCACAUUAAUGGAGUAGUAGGACAGUGAUGUGUGUCUCUUCUCCAUCUUCCUAAACAUCACCUUGGGUGUUUUUGACUCCACAUUUUGGCAGCAUGAUUGCUCUUCAGGUGUAAUGGCCUGGCUCAGUGGCCACACGGUCUUUGCCCUGCACAGACACAAGGAAUGAGUCCAGCACAUUCACAGCUACAGAGUAUCCAAACCCAAAUGGUCCCAUGAGGAAAGAGCCCACAUGCAUUAUUCUGAUUCUGGUUUCCAUGACAGCAGAAGUGCAUACAGAACUCAUGCCGGACUGUGUGACCUUUGAGGAUGUGGCCAUUUGCUUCUCACGUGAAGAAUGGAAACUUCUUGACGAGACCCAGAGGCUCCUAUACCUCAGUGUAAUGCUGCACAACUUUGUACUUACCAACUCUCUGGGUUGUGGGCAUGGACUCAAAGAUGAAGAGACACCUGGGCAGAGGGUUUCUAUGGGAGCGACACAGGUUAGGCCUUCUGAGGCAACUCCUUUUGCACCAGAAACUCACCUCUGUGCAGUGUGUGUCCCAAUUCUGCACGAUAUUUUUCACUUGGCUGAGAUACCUGAGCAGAAACACAGGAUAGGGGCAUGUGCAAAAGUUCACCAACACCAAAAACAUACUAGGAGAGAGAAUCCCUUGAAGAGGGACAACGACAAAGCCUCACAUUGGACACGACGCCUUUUCCACACGUCAGCCAAAUCUUUUCCCAGUUGGGAGGUUGAGAAGGACCUGCCAAUCAUAUCGAGCCUUCUCAAGAACCUGGCUUUGCCCAACAGUAAAAAGUCCAAUAAAAUCACUGAGGGGAGGGGAAAUAUUCCUAAUCCUAAAAGUCAGAAUAAAAUCACUGAGGGGAGGGGAAAUAUCCCUAAUCCUAAAAGUCAGAAUAAAAUCGCUGAGGGGAGGGGAAAUAUUCCUAAUCCUAAAAGUCAGAAUAAAAUCACUGAGGGGAGGGGAAAUAUUCCUAAUCCUAAAAGUCAGAAUAAAAUCACUGAGGGGAAGGGAGACAAGCCUGGUCCUAAAAGUCACAAGUCAGGAGAAUGUAAAAGAUCUACAAGUGACAAACACCCUCUUGCUCACCAGCCAAAAGCCUCCUCUGGAAAAAAGCUUUAUGAGUGUAACAAAUGUGGGAAAACCUUCCGUGGCAAGUACUCACUCGAUCAGCACCAGAGAGUCCACACUGGAGAAAGGCCUUGGGAGUGCAGUGAGUGUGGAAAGUUCUUUAGCCAAACCUCCCACCUGAACGAUCAUCGGAGAAUCCACACUGGAGAAAGGCCUUAUGAGUGCAGUGAAUGUGGAAAACUGUUUAGACAGAACUCUAGUCUUAUUGACCACCAGAAAACUCAUACGGGCGCAAGACCUUAUGAGUGUAACCAGUGUGGGAAAUCCUUUAGCCAAAAGGCUACUCUUGUUAAACACCAGAGAGUUCAUACUGGAGAAAGGCCUUAUAAGUGUAGUGAAUGUGGAAAUUCCUUUAGCCAAAGUGCCAUUCUUAACCAACACCGGAGAAUUCACACUGGAGCAAAGCCUUAUGAAUGUGACCAGUGUGGAAAAUCCUUCAGCCAAAAAGCUACCCUUAUUAAGCACCAGAGAGUUCACACCGGAGAAAAGCCUUAUAAGUGUGGUGAAUGUGGGAAAUCCUUUAGUCAAAGCUCCAUCCUUAUUCAGCACCGCAGAAUUCAUACAGGAGCAAGGCCCUAUGAGUGUAGCAAGUGUGGAAAGUCUUUCAGCCAGAAGUCUGGCCUUGUUCAACAUCAGGUAGUUCACACUGGAGAAAAGCCUUAUGAAUGUGACCAGUGUGGGCUUUCCUUUAGUCAAUGCUCUAGCCUUAUUCAUCACCAAAAAUGUCACAACACGUAGAAGCCCUGUGAAAUUGCCAAUGUGGAGAAGCUUUCAGACUAAGGCCUCCCAUUUCACUCCUGAAAGUUCAUAUUGGAGAGCAGCUGUAGAUCCAUAGGGCAUGCCUUCUUUCUUCAGUAUUAUGUUGCUAGCGAACCUUUGUGAAGGAGUCACCUCUGAAGUUGAAGUUGCAUGACUUCCAGCAUUCAGUAGUGUGACUUUCCCCAUGAGCUUUCACAUGAAUGAGGCUUACAGAGCUUGCUCUUUAUCUACUGAGCCUCUCAGGGCACCUGCCAUUUAUAUGCUUUUCAGUUUCUCUGGUAGAAGUCCACCAUCCUCUACCGCCAUGCUCAAUGUAUUCUGGUCACCUCAUCAUGCUAAAAAAACAAUGUCUGCCUACUGCCUGGAGGGAGUCUUGAACAGGGUUUGUGGAGAACUUGUUCUCUUUGUUCAUUGGUUGGAGCAUACACUUGACUCGGUUUUUACCAAGAAGAUCUGAUCUGUAGUCUUCUGAUAGCUUCUACAGAUUUCUUACCUCCUUCAUGGACAAGUUUUUAAUCAGUGUCACAUGACAGCUGGGUGAGUGUUUCCAACUUCCCAUCACAAGUGGGUAACUGCCUUCUUCACAGUGCUCUGCUUUAUAUGCUAAUGGAUGCCUUAUUCCUAAAGAUACCUUCAACCUUGGAGUUUACUAUGUGGGAAGACUAGACUGUAGACUUCGUCUGCUUGGGAUGAAAGGGUAGAUGGCUUUUGUGGGUGUCUGAAGUUUGUGUGCCUCAACAUGUGCAGUGGGGCGCAGAAAAUAACUCUCACUCUGGUUUUGGUCAGAUUUGUAUUGCUGCCCAAAACUAGGAAACUGCAGGGAUUUUUGUUACCCUAAUUUGCAACUUGGAUGCCUGUCCUUCCUGUGACAUAUCAUGAGGAGAAGUGGUCUGUUACCACAAGUUCCUGUCUUCGUGAGAAUGGGAUGCCUUUGCUCCUUCUUCCUCAGAGGACGUCACAUUGCCCAGGAUGUAGAGGUGAAGCCACUCAUCUACAAACAGCUGUGUCCCGAUGUCUGUCAUUCACGACCAGACAGAUGUGAACCCUCAGUGGUAUACCAAAAUUGGCCAUGGUGAGGCAGCAGCAAAUUAGAGGACUGUGUCUCUUAUGAACGGGAUCUGUGAGUCUUUCAUUGUGGCUGUCAGCAUUCACAGGAUCUAGAGACCUGUGCAUGUCUAGUCACUGAGGUCAUUGUCAGGAAAAAAACAAAAAAACAUCGAUAGGUUUUGUAGUCUUGUGAUCUAUAUAUAUAUUUUUUACCUCAAAUCUCUUGCUGUAGAAAUAGGAUAUGAUGAAAAUAAAAGAGAGACUGACU